CACCAGCUCAGCCUGACGGCGUAUAAACGCUGCUCGACUGCAGACAUCGCAAGACACCAGAGGAGGGCUUCACAGUUAAAGCUGGGCUCUGACGCUGAGACAACACAGUCAUGCUGCUGGUGUUGAGAGCUUUGGUGGUCCUGAGUUUGGCCCCCCUGUUGUACGCCACCAGGAAAAGUCAGAUGGCUUCAGUAAAGGUGGGGCACAAAACUGGACUGAUGGGCAAGAGUGUGAGGCUGGUCCUGGACCCCUCAGUGCUGCCCCAGUUAACCAGAAAAUCUCUCUCAAGCAUCGCCAACAUGUCUCUGUCACCGUGGACGUACAGUGACUCGUUUGUCCCAAAUCGUUUGCCCAGGCGGAUCUCAAAUGCCCAGUGCCUGACCACUGGCUGUCUGAGCCUGCAAGGGGGAGGGGAGGAUAGAGCCCUGGAGGCCAGACCCAUCAAGUACGAGGUCCUGGUCCUCCACAGAGUCCUGAAACCCUCUAAUAAAAAAGGGAGGAAGGCAAGGAAACAGUACGUCUUCAGACUGGGGACAGAGGUGAUCACGGCAGGCUGUACCUGUGUGAGGCCCACUGUCAUACCUCAGUGGUAGGAAGGCAAAGACUUGUGAUGAAUGCAGUUCUUUAAGCAAGCAGUUCUUUUUUUACCCUUUAUAAAUCUGUAUUUGGCAAAUUUUUUUUAAGUUAUAACAGGUUCAAAAGAUGAAAGUAAUAUGUGUAAUAUGAAAGAGCCACUGUUGACCUCUGUGAUGUUUCAGUCCUUGUAUUUUACUGGCUUAGCUUAGUGUGCUAGCAGUUAGCAGUAAGACUUGCUUUGUUAGUCUGAUAGUAUUAAAAAAACUGUAAAGUGCCUGUCUGCCCCCUAGUGGUCAAAAGGUGUUUAUUUUAGCUUUAAUUCAGGGGUAAAUUAGAGUUUAUACUUUAUAUUGUAGACAAAAGAAUUUGAGUCUUGAAAGGAUUGUUACUGACAAUAUCAUUUGUACAUAACAAAAUAAUAUUAAUUAAUUAUUAUUUACCUUUUAUAUAUUUGUUCCUAGUUUAUUCCUAA